AUGUUGGCUGUUCGCUUGUCUUUCUGGCGGUUGCCUUCUCUCGGUUCUCAGGCACUACGUUCAGCUAUUCGAAUCCAGCAAAACUCGACUAUCGCCUACAAUUAUCCCCCGAAACGAUCUCCUCCACCACACCACCCGCCUAAGAUGAAUAACCAAAGGAAAUUGAUCGAUAGAAAGCGCAAGAAGGCCAGAGUCGAGAAGAGCAAGAGCGGUGGUCAUGACGAAGUUCUUCUGGCGGAUGUGAACAAGCUUCUCCGCUCUAAGUCCGCCGACGAAGAGACCAAUGGUGAGAAGCCUGCGCCUACGCUCCCCGAAAAAUUCACCGAAAUCGAUGUGACAAUCUCCAUGCUUUCUUCGACCGGUGAUGGUCUUGCCUACGAUGAAGAUCUGAACCAUGUAUUUGUGGUCCCCUUCACGGUCCCUGGCGACAAGGCACGCGUAAAGGUGGUGCGCCAUGAGUGGGAAUACAAUUAUAGUAUGACCGAUUUCCUCAGUGUGAUCGAGGCCGGCCCAACAAGAGACGACUCCCUGAUUAAAUGCGGUUACUUCAGCCAAUGCUCCGGUUGUCAAUUGCAAAUGAUGUCUUAUGAGGACCAGCUCGCGCACAAGCGACGUAUCGUCGAGAAAGCCUACGCCAAUUUCUCGGGCUUGGUUCCCCACCUGGUUCCUGCCAUUGAGGAAACAUUCCCAUCUCCUCUGCAAUUCGGAUACCGCACGAAGCUUACGCCUCAUUUCGCGCAACCCAGCAAGCCGAAGACAGACGAGGCUGGAAACCAACUGCCGAGAGAGGUCCCGGCUAUUGGAUUUACGUACAAGAACCGGAAAAUGGAUAUGGAUAUCGAAGACUGCCCGCUGGGAACCGACAUUGUUCGACGCGGUCUCAAGAGCGAGAGAAAGCGCGUGGCCGAAAAUAUUGCUUCUUACAGGAAGGGCGCCACUCUCUUGAUGCGUGAAAAUACUACUCGCAUCGCCAAGGAUACCCCAGACGCCAAAUCAAAAGUCAAAUAUAUUCCCGGGCUGGCCCCGAUCAAGGGUUCCGAUUCUGGUGAUUUAAUCAAAAUUGAAGAAGAGGACUACACCGUGGAGAAGCGCUGUGUUACUGAUAACAACGCCACCUCUGUGGAGUAUAUCGACGACUAUAUUUUCAGCAACAAGGCUGGCGGCUUCUUCCAGAAUAACAACUCUAUUCUCUCCGGAUUUACCGAGUACAUUCGAUCAAAGGCCUUCCCUCCCGGUAAUGACCAGGCCGCCCAGCCCAUCAAGUACCUCUUGGAUGCGUACUCGGGUUCGGGUCUCUUUACCAUCACUUUGUCUCCUCUCUUCAAGUCCAGUCUAGGUGUUGAUGUCGCCGGUGAUUCUAUCGUCUGCGCUCGCGACAACGCCCGCGCCAAUAAUCUCCCUAAUACCGGUUUCGCUGCAGCCGAUGCAGCCGUUCUUUUCAAGGACGGUUGCUCCGAGGACUUCCUCCAACAGCUUCUGGACUAUGGUCCUCGUCGCGUUGUGUAUGUCAGCUGCAACGUUCACACCCAGGCUCGCGAUGUUGCGGUCAUGGUACAGGGUGAUGAGAAGCGGAACAUUCGGUAUGAGAUUGAAAGCAUUCGUGGCUUUGAUUUCUUCCCUCAAACUGGACAUGUUGAGGGCGUUGCUAUUCUCAACCGGGCUACCUUCCCCGCGAAGUCUGAGUAA